GCUCGAAAUCGAACGAGUUUCGCUAUAUCUAUAACCACGUAUAGUAUAACCGAUGUAAGUCCUUACUUCACACUCCGUCGUCCCCACUUUUAGGUGGGUUAGGUUAGGCGCUGAAUAACGUAGGGCGUUACGCCUUGCCGCGCGAUUUAAUUUAACUAGUAUUCUAGUUUACUGAAUAGUACAAAAUAUAAUAUAGUAAUAGUGAAGUAAUUUUAACACUAAUUACCAUAAAAGUGAUGUGAAAACUCAAUUUAUAUGAUCUGGAUGUGUUAGAAUCGUAAUAAUAAAAUCGCACAGUGCCCUUGUGUACUAUAAUUAGUUUUUUAUAUAACUAAAUGUGUUCUUAGUUUAACUCGAGCUGUAUUAAAGGAUAAAAGACAAUGUCUCGAAGGAAAUUGCUAAUAGGCGGCGCGGGAGUCGCGGGCGCAGCGAUAGCCGGAUGGGCACUCUACGCGGACGAUAAGCCGCAAUGGUACAACGGACCGACGGUCGCAGCAAAAACGGAGCGCAAGAAGCGACCGCUACCUUCCCGAACGGAACAAGUCAAUAUGCUACAAGCUGGACACACUUACGACGUACUUAUCAUUGGAGGUGGCGCUACAGGGGCGGGCUGUGCCCUAGACGCUACUACUAGAGGAUUACGCACAGCUCUGGUCGAAGCAGACGACUUCGCCAGUGGAACUUCUAGCAGAAGCACGAAGCUGAUCCACGGCGGUGUGCGGUAUCUGCAGAAGGCCAUUCUACAUUUAGAUUACGACCAAUACAAAAUGGUAAAGGAAGCGUUACACGAACGAGCGAAUAUGUUAGAGGUCGCACCGCAUUUGACGAGACCACUGCCUAUAUUAUUGCCUGUUUAUAAAUGGUGGCAAGUCCCGUACUACUGGUUCGGUAUCAAGAUGUACGACAUAGUCGCCGGUGAUAGAAACCUGAAGAGCUCCUACUAUUUAUCGAAGAAGAAUACUCUAGAACUAUUCCCCAUGUUGAAAUCCGACAACUUGUGCGGUGGCAUUGUAUAUUACGAUGGUCAACAAGAUGACGCGCGUAUGAAUCUCGCGAUAGCACUCACCGCUGCUCGGCACGGCGCCACAAUCGCUAACCACGUCAAAGUUACCAAGCUUUAUAAGAAUAACAACAAACUCUCCGGAGCAAGGUUACGGGACGAACUAUCAGGCAAGGAAUGGGACAUAAAAGCGAAGUCCAUCAUCAACGCGACAGGCCCCUUCACUGACUCCAUCAGGAAGAUGGAUGACCAGUCCAUUAAGGAUAUCUGCUGCCCCUCGUCUGGCGUGCAUAUCGUACUUCCAGGAUACUACAGUCCAGAGCACAUGGGUCUACUCGACCCCUCAACAUCAGAUGGUCGCGUCAUCUUCUUCCUACCGUGGCUGAAAGGCACCAUCGCUGGUACAACAGACCUGCCGUGUAAUGUCACGCACAACCCUAAACCCACCGAAGACGAGAUCCUCUUCAUCCUCACCGAAGUCAAGAACUACCUGAAUCCGGACGUAGAAGUAAGACGCGGCGACGUACUCUCAGCAUGGUCCGGCAUUCGACCGCUAGUGUCCGACCCCAACAAGCCGGACACGCAGUCCCUCGCCAGGAACCAUAUCGUCCACGUAUCACCGUCAGGCCUCGUCACCAUUGCUGGGGGAAAGUGGACCACGUACAGAGCCAUGGCUGCUGAGACCAUCGACGCUGCUAUCGAGAGUGCAAAUCUAAAGCCUUUGUACAAAGAGUGUCAGACCGACGGCUUCUUGAUAGAAGGCGCUCACGGCUGGACACCCACUAUGUACAUCAGAUUAGUACAGGACUUUGGACUUGAAAUGGAGGUAGCACAGCAUUUAGCCAAAUCCUACGGAGACAGAGCGUUCGCGGUUGCCAAGAUGGCACAGAUGACCGGCAAAAGAUGGCCGAUCAUUGGCAAGAAAAUCCACCCGGAAUUCCCGUAUAUUGAUGCUGAAAUUAGGUACGGUGUCCGGGAAUACGCGUGCACGGCAGUAGACAUGAUCGCCCGGCGCCUUCGCCUCGCGUUCCUCAACGUACAAGCCGCGGCCGAAGCCCUGCCAGGUGUCAUCGAAAUUAUGGCUGAGGAGUUGAAGUGGUCCGAUGCUGAGAAACAGAAACAAACGAAGGCGGCAGCCGACUUCCUUGCCAACGAAAUGGGUCAAAUGGUGAACCGCGCCAGUCGCGAUAAGAUCCCGAUCAAUCUCACCAAGGAUGAGAUCCAGUCCUACAUCAAGCGCUUCCAGAUCAUAGACAAGGACAGGAAGGGCUUUGUCUCCAUUAAUGAUAUCAGAAGAAGUCUCAAGAGUAUGGGUGUGAAGCCAUCAGACGAGGAAUUGAGUGCAAUAUUGUCCGAGAUAGACGUCACUUAUAACGGACAGCUGGAAAUACAGGACUAUCUCCAGAUGAUGUCAGCUAUCAAGUCCGGCCACGUGGCGUACUCCCGCUUCGCGCGCAUGGCUGAGAUGGAAGAGCAACAUCACGAACAAGAACAGCUCAAGAAGAGCAUCUCAGUCGAGAGGAGCGGCGGCGGCUUGUAAACAAACAGCGGUAUAUCAGCAAAUUAGGUAUUAAACGUAGUUUUAAGAACAACAUCACUAAAAUAAAGUACACAAAUUAAUUUUUAAUUUAUCUCUCAUAACACUUUUAUAUUCAUAUAAUACGCCCGAUAUGAUUUAAAAAUAAUUGUGUAUUAAACGGUGCAUUAUUUUACCCAAAUUUAAAGUGACCUUAAAGGUAACCCAAAACCCAAACCCAAUAAUUUGUAAAUUAAAAUUAAAAUUUGCUUUAAACCGAUUUGUUACAUUUUAAUUAAUCAAAAUCUAGUCUUAAUUUAUUUAAAUCAAAAGCAUGAAUCUGAAAUAGUUUAUAUAAAUUAUUCUGUGUUACGUAGGAACGAAAGUCGAUUUAUUAUAAUUUCUAGUAAAAGAUUCAUGUAUACUUACCUAAUUUUUUUUGGGAAUAUAAUUAACACAAAAAAUUAAAUAAGUAGGUAGUUAUUGUACUUUAGAAAAAGGUUUAUAUUAAAAAAUCUCAACGAAUGUGAUUUAUUUGUUUUAAAUCAGUUAACCAAGAUUAUUAGUAGUUUAAGAACUAAGAAGAUUUAUAGUGUUAUAUUUAUAUUCACUUAUGUUUUGUUUAACAAUAUUUUUUCGAUAUUAUACAGUUUGUUCGCUCAAAUAGUCGCGCUUUGAAAUCAGCUGCCGGCUCAUGUCGAAAGGCUGCCGUCGGCUACUUCAAAGACUUGACACAUAUUGUGCACUCGUGCAUUAUGGUACGUUGACAUUCGGUGUGUUCAAACGACUUAGAAGAAUUUCCGAAGGGUCAUUAUUGUAAGUAAUGUUAAAAAUAAAGAGGGUACUAAAUGAUUACACGAUAGUAUCUAGGAUACUAAUUUAUUUUCACAUACCUUUUAUAAAACAGUCAGUUGGUGUACCCGUACUUACUGCAAACUACUUGAGCAGGUGAACUAUCAUAUAAUUUAUUAUAUUCUUAUCCAUGUAUAAUGUUUUGUGCAAUAAAUAUAUUUGAACUUUC